AUGGACGUGGAAGAAUUCAGGACCCGCGGAAAAGAAAUGGUCGACUACAUAUGUCAAUACGUGUCGAAUCUGGGCAGCUACAGGGUCACUCCUGACCUGGAGCCGGGCUACCUCAAGGAUCUGAUCCCGAGCGAGGCGCCGCAAGAAGCAGAGCAAUGGGACGACAUCAUGGAAGAUGUGGAGAAGAAGAUCAUGCCGGGGGUAACGCAUUGGCAGCAUCCCAGGUUCCACGCUUACUUUCCCAGUGGAAAUUCGUUUCCGUCAAUUUUGGCUGAUAUGCUGUCGGAUGCUAUUGGCUGCAUUGGAUUUUCUUGGGCUGCCAGCCCAGCAUGCACAGAACUAGAAACCAUAGUCAUGGACUGGCUAGGCAAAGCCAUCGGCCUCCCUGACGACUUCAUAACCUCAAUAAAGGGCAGCAAAGGAGGCGGAGUCAUCCAAACUUCCGCCAGCGAGUGCGUUCUAGUCUGUAUGCUAGCCGCCAGGAACCAAGCCAUACAACACCUCAAGAAAACCAACCCCCAAGCAGAAGACAGCGAGUUCCUCCCGAAACUAGUCUGUUAUUGCUCCAAAGAAGCCCACUCCUGCGUGGAAAAAGCCGCCAAAAUCCUGCUGGUCCAAAUAAGGAUCCUCGAACCGGACGAAAACGGAAGUCUCAGGAGAGACAUCCUGUUGAACGCAAUGGAAAAGGACGCUGCCAACGGCCUCUUCCCUUUCUUCGUAUCUGCCAUCUUGGGCUCCACGUCCAGCUGCUCCUUCGACAAUCUGCAGGAAAUCGGACCAGUUUGCAGGGCUCAGCCUUGCACCUGGCUGCACGUGGACGCAGCUUACGCCGGUAACGCAUUCAUCUGCCCGGAGCUGAAAGUCUACCUUCAGGGAGUCGAGUACAUAGAUUCCUUCAACAUCAACCCCAACAAGUGGCUCCUGACCAACUACGACUGCUCCUGUCUCUGGGUCAAGUGCCGCAUGAAGCUCACCAGCGCCCUAGUCGUGGAUCCCCUCUACUUACAACACGCCAACUCUGACGAAGCUAUAGACUACAGGCACUGGGGCAUACCGCUCAGUAGGCGGUUCAGGUCCCUGAAACUCUGGUUCGUCAUCAGGAAGUACGGACUCAGUGGCCUGCAGAAGUACAUCAGGAACCACAUAAAGCUGGCCAAGCAUUUCGAGGACUUGGUGAGAAAGGACCACAGGUUCGAGGUGGUGAACGAUGUGAGGCUGGCGCUGGUCUGCUUCAGGCUGGCAGCGCCUGAUGUCGUCAACCAGACUUUGCUGGCUACGAUAAACGCUUCGGGGAAGAUGCACAUGAUCCCCUCCAUGGUCAAGGAUAAGUACAUCAUCAGGUUCUGCGUCACUGCGGAGAAUGCCACGCAGGAAGACGUGGAGCAUGCCUGGAGGAUUAUAAGCGAGCAUGCUUCAGAGCUGCUCACCAAGAAAUCGGUUCGCAAAGAGUUCGUUCGACCGCCGCUCACCAAGCAAAAAUCCAAGAUGUUCUCUUUCACGAGGAGUGUGUCCAAGGACAUGUACCAGAGGUCGAGGAGCAAGUCGAAUUUGUACGAUGGGGCUACUCCUAUUCUUAUCGCGGAUUCGGACGAUGAGGGAGACAGUGCUGCCGCUGAUACCGACGAUAUCCUGGAGGCUUUGACGAAUGUGGCGUUGUUGCCAGAGGAUGACGAUGUGUUCAACAAGGAGCGAGUGGAUGACUUCAGGAUACAGCCGAAGAGUCCCAGUGAGAUUGUCUGUAACGGAUCUUGUUAG